AUGCGUGCACCCUACAUUCUACUGGUGCUUGUAGCGAGUUCCCUUGUAAACAUCGCAAUCGCGACGGGACUGGACUCAGGGACCCCUUCAGUCAACGCUGUUCAGAGCAACAACUACGAGAACAGGUUUCUUAAAGACGGCGGCGCUGCAGAAGGACGUACGAGCGAAAAGAAUGAAGAGAGGGCAUCUCUGAGUAUUGGAAAUCAUCUGCUCGAUAAUGCAGCCACGAAACAACUGCUGAACUUUUUUGCUGAGAACAAAGUACCGGUGGAUCAAGUUUCGAAGUACAUCCUGAACAUCCCGUCGAAAAUUGAAUACAAGGCGUUGAACCAGCACCCGAACUGGAAUGCACUUGUCAAAUAUCAACGAAUGACGUGGGAAAAAGCCAAGGGAGAGCGCCCGUAUGCGUAUUUUGGCUCGGGGGCCCAAACUAAAGAGAAAACGAAAGAGAUGAUCCUCUCGUGGAUUGUGGCGGGUAACUCGGUGGAGGAUGUCGGCAAAUAUCUGGGUGUGUGGAACCUUCCGCACGCUGAGCAGAUCGUUCACCAAAACUGGAGAGCGUUCAAGAAGUACGAGAAAUGGUUUAAGGAGUACCAAGACGGAAUGAAAAAGCUGAAGUACGCGAAGUUCGGCACGGGCUAUCAGACUGAAGAUAAGACGAAGGAAGUGCUCACGAAGUGGGCAAUGGCGGGAACCCCUAUUGCGGAUGUUCAAAAGACGCUCGGGCUCUCAGGUUUAUCGGAGGCACAAAUACUGAGCCACGAGAACUCCGCUGCGUUCUUGAAAUACUUGGUGUACUACCUUCAGCUUGCUCCCAUCAGAGCUCAAUUUGCCGCCAACGUUAAAUAUGCCCACGUUUAA